UUGACAGUUUUUUCCAAGUGUCGGUGUGAGUCAGUUGUUUCAUAUGUUAUUCUUGUUACGAGUUUGUUGUUAAACAAGUUUCUUAUAUUUUAAAAGCAGAAAGAUAGUUCAACAACUAGUUUAUUUUCGUGUAUGUAGUUCAAUAAGUGAAAAGUAUGACGACGCAACCAGAAGUCGGGGUUCCCGACUUUGUUCUUCUGGACAAUUUGACUACGGACAAAUUUAUUGAAAAUCUGCAUCUAAGAUUUCAGCACAACAAGAUCUACACAUACAUCGGUGAAGUGUUAGUCUCAGUGAAUCCAUACAAGACCCUUGACAUCUAUGGCGCGCAGCAUAUGGCGCAGUACAGAGGCCGGGAGAUGUUCGAAGUAGCUCCACACGUGUACGCUGUUGCAGAUGCAUGCCAGAGGGUUCUGCGUCAACAGGGGAGGGACACGUGCGUGCUAAUAUCUGGAGAGUCGGGUGCUGGCAAAACGGAGGCAUCUAAGUUCAUCAUGAAGUAUAUCGCCGCCAAUACAACCCAAGUGCACAGGGAAUAUAUCGACAGAGUUAAGAACGUUCUAAUACAAUCGAACUCGAUCCUGGAAACAUUUGGGAACGCGAAAACGAACCGUAACGACAAUUCCUCUCGUUUCGGCAAAUACAUGGAUAUUAAUUUCGACUAUAAAGGCGAUCCUGUUGGGGGACACAUAAGCAACUAUUUGUUAGAAAAGAGCCGGGUCGUAGGUUUGCAACCUGGCGAGAGGAAUUUCCACGCCUUCUAUCAGUUGCUGAGCACAAAUAACGCGUACACAAAAAAGUUUGGUUUGAACUCCAGCGCGGUGUACAAGAUAUUGGGCAACGAGCGCACCACCGCACAAGAUUCUAAACUCUAUUCCCUUACGAAUAGCGCCUUUAAUGCUCUGGGCUUUGCGCCCGCGGUUGUUGACGACAUAUGGAGUAUUGUGGCCGGUGUUAUUUUGCUGGGUGAGCUGACAUUCUCAGAAACUGGGGAAGGUCAGUUGGUGGUGGGCGGGCCAGUAAGAGCAUGUGUCAAUGCUCUGGGAGUGAGCGAAGCGGCAUUACGCAGUGCUUUGGGCGGACGUGUGCUGGCCGCGGGUGGAGAACUCGUCAGCAAAGAUCACUCGUUGGUGGACGCUCACUACACACGUCUGGCACUGGCUAAGGCUGCCUAUGACAGGCUUUUCACCUGGAUCGUGCAACAGAUAAACAAGGCCAUCGAAGUGCCAAGUGGGCAAUGGGGCGGCACCCUGAUUGGAGUUUUGGACAUCUACGGUUUUGAAAUCUUCGAGACCAACAGCUUCGAGCAAUUUUGUAUCAACUACUGCAAUGAGAAAUUACAGCAAUUAUUUAUAGAGCUGGUUUUGAAGCAGGAGCAAGAGGAAUACGCUCGUGAGGGCAUCCAAUGGACUCCGGUGGCGUACUUCAAUAACCGCAUCAUUUGUGAGCUGGUUGAAGCACCGCAUCAGGGAAUCAUUGCCAUCAUGGAUGAAGCCUGUCUUAACCCCACUAAGAUAUCCGACCAACAAUUGCUAGAGGCGAUGGAUAAGAGGCUGAGUGGGCACAAGCACUACACUUCGCGGCAACUCACACCCAUAGACAAGAAACUCAAACAUGGCGUCGAUUUCCGAAUCACACACUACGCGGGUGACGUGACGUACGCUAUAACAGGCUUCAUGGACAAGAACAAGGACUCCUUGUGGCAGGACCUCAAGCGAUUGCUUCAUUCGUCCGAUGUCGCCUCGCUACGGGACAUGUGGCCCGAGGGCGGAACGAACAUUCAGAAGACAUCGAAACGGCCACCAUCAGCAGCGACCCUCUUCCGCAGUUCGAUGUCGGCGUUGGUGCAAGGCCUUCAAACAAAGGAGCCAUUUUACGUGCGAUGUAUUAAGCCUAACUCUUUACAAACACCCAACACCUGGGACGAACAGCUGGUCCGACAUCAGGUGGCGUACCUAGGUUUAGUCGAGAACGUACGCGUACGUCGCGCGGGUUUCGCGUCUCGACAGCGUUACGAUCGAUUCCUGAAGCGAUACAAGAUGCUCUCCCAAUACACGUGGCCUAAUUUCCGCGGUACUUCGGAUCGUGACGCUGUCAUGGUGCUGCUAAGAGAUCUGCAAGUCACUGAUGUACAGUUUGGACACACGAAACUUUUUAUUAGAAGCGCCAAAACGAUCCAUGGAUUAGAAGCAGCACGCGCGGAGUUGAUCCCAUCAAUCGUGGUCCUACUGCAGAAGCUUUGGCGAGGGACGAUUGCCAGACGGAGGUAUAAGAAGAUGAAGGCCGCGCUUACUAUAUACAACGCUUGGAAGCGCUACAAGUUCCGUCAAUACAUAUCGUCACUCCAGUCAGAGUUAACUCGUGGGCGUGGCGUAAUGAAGUCGUGGCCGUCAGCGCCAAGGGGCGUGGCAGUAGCGCUAAUACAAGGCGCGUACAGGCGUUGGAGAGCCUAUUUGGUACUCAAGCCGGUACCCCGCGAUCAGUGGCACCAACUCAAGCUCAAGAUAUCCGCUGCUAGUGCGCUUAAAUCGCGUCGCUCACACUGGGGCGCCGCCCGACUCUGGAAGGGAGAUUAUUUGGCUGACCAAACCUAUAACGACAAAUCUUCGGUGUACCGGUCAGCGCUGUCGUCGCUUCAGCGGUCUCAGAACAUUGGCAAGGCGUUAUUCUCGUGUCGGGUCCACAAGUUCAACCGGCAUAACAAGUUAGCCGAGCGGUGCCUGCUCGUCACUACUUCAGCGAUUUGCAAACUGGAUGCCAAUACUUUCAAACUACUCAAGAAACCAACGCCUAUCACUGAAGUGGGUGCAAUUCGUGUAAUGAGCAGUGAGGCCCAACUGGUGGUCGUGAGCGUGCCCUCAGCGAGAAAUGACCUUGUACUGGGACUGGUUUGUCCGCACGAUCAGACAGACUUAGUGGGGGAACUCAUAGGCGUAUUAGCCAACAGAUACCAUAUGUUGACUGGGAGUGAAGCAAUUGUUGAGGUUGAGAGCGGUGCGACCACGCGUUGUACGUUGGGAGGGAAACAUCGCGCGUUGCAACUGCCCGCUUCCGAACACGCGCCCGUUCAAACCCCAUUCACGCAUGCACAUAACGUUAUCACCUAUCAUCCGGCCUCUGCUCGUGCGUAGCAUUAAGAUUUACCUUCGGAGUUGUAACGCCUAACCUUAUGUCGAAAACGAAAAAUCGAUAAGGUAUUGUAAUAGAACGAUUGUUGUACGAGACUGCUACGUGUCCAUUUUACAGAUAACCGUUCAUUUAUAAUACAACGACUCGUAGUAAUUACGAUUGGUAUUGUAGAUAUAGAAAACUAGGGGUAUUAGUAGUCUCAUACCUUUUCGGCACGAACUAUUUGUUCAUCGAAUUGACAUAUAAAAAUAUAUAUUCUGGCUUAAAUACCGCUUCGACGUAUUAACGGGAUACGUAUGCAUUCGAAUGAAAUUUAAAACGAAAUCUAUGAAGAAACUGUUUGGUAGUGGCAACGAGUAUUAGAGGUGAGGACAAUGUAUUGAAUAUUUAUUUAUAUGUUUAAGAAACGUCUGAGUAUCUCUUGUCAGCACUGUCAAACAUGUCAUACUUCAAAAAUGAUUUGACAGCUCUAGAAACUAUUUAAAGUGCUAAGCUUUAAGUUAUCUAUGGAUUUUAGACAGACUUUGACGUUUAAUUGUCAAAAUGAAAUUAAGGCAAUUUAUAAAUAGAUGUGUCAUAUCACUUUGAUUGAGAAGUUAUCUAAGUUCUACUAAGAGUCUAUUAAAGCUACAGUAGUGUUUUUAAUAUAUUAUAAUCUAGUAUUUUAAUAUGCUAAUAAGGCUUAAAAUGAAACACUAAUUGUUGGCUAUAAAAUAGUACUUAAUGUUACUUAUAUAAAUGUUUGUUUAAGUCUUUUAACAAUAAUUUCAGUAGUAUGACAAAGUAAACGAUAAUUUAAACUAAAACAGGUAAACGACCAUCUAAGAACAUUUUCGUAAAACAUUUGUGUGAUUAUUCCGCAUAGCAUUUUACAAAUAUUUGACGUAAACUUAACGUUAAACUACUGAUAUUUCAUUAUUAAUUAACGCUCAUGUAUGUAUACCAAAAUUCCAGUCGUAAUUAUUUAUUUAUUCAAUAAUUCAUAAAUGUUUUUUUCCGUAGAAAGUUCAUCUCAUAACGAUUGAUAAUUUUGGAUUUUGUAGCAUAGGCUAUGAAUUUCCUUAUCUUAAGCAACAAGUUUAAAGAUUUUAUUUAAGUAAUUUAGCAUUGCAUUGUUGAUUUUUUUUAAAGGCCUAGCACUAAUUCCAUUUAAUUUAGACGAAACAUCUAAAAACAAUUUAUAUAACAUAACGUACUUAUGUCUCUCUUACAAAUUGUGUUUACGCUGUGAUGAAAAUGUUACUUACAUUUCUAUUGGUGUGAUGUAGUAGUUUUUUUUUAAUGAGGUGCUUUUUACGCUUAGUUUCAAUAUUCAAGAUGAUAAUAUAUUUGCUUUAGUAUAAUUAACGGUCUUCUUUAUCAGUGUUUUGGAUAUGAAACAGGGCGUUAUACAUAUAGGUACUGACAAAUAAUUCAAAAACAUCCCCCGACUGAACUUUAGUCUUUAGAAAAAUCUGAAUUUAGAUUAAUAAAUAAUAAUAUAAUAAACAUCACAAAUAUUAUGAAUUUGCUUAAUUGUAUGGAAUUUAUACGUGAAAUAAUAAGUAAAUAUUCAGUUUAAAAAUUAUCGUGAAAAACAGGCCGUAUAUACGUUGAAUGAACCAUUUGUCACCAUGGUUACGUUUUUCUGUGUAUAAUGGUAACCAUAGUAACAAAUCAGUGCCAUCCACGUUUUGUUAAAGCUAGUGUUUAUCAUAAUUAACUGUAUUUGUACUACAGUAAGUAUUUAUUUUUUGAAGCUAGGUUAUUAAUUUUAUUUUAUUAUAGUGAUGUUAAACGUGAUAUUUUUGUAAUUUGUUAUUGUAUAUUUCAAUUAAUUUAACAUACGAUUAUUUACAUAAUGUAACGGUUGAUAAAUGUGUUCUUAAAAGCGUACAAACUGAUGAUUAAUAAAAAUAUCUGUUUAUAAUUAUUUGAAAGAUUUCCAAAUAUAUGUCGUGAUACGAACGUGCCUUACACGGUGCCAUCAGGUUGUAACAUAUUAAAUGUAAUUACAGUU